UGAAGGUAGAGACCGGAUAUGGAAGUUAUACGGGUUUAUGAUGUGUAACGUGACAGGAAUGCUCCUGUUAGCGCGCCGGUAAUAAAGAGCUGCAUCUCCGAUGGGAGAGGAGAAGGGCAGGAAGAAGAAGCGACCCUGAAUAACGACAGUCAUGGAGGAUGAGCUGGUGUCAGCGCAGGAUUUCUUGCUGUGGUCUGAAAAGGAGUUUCAUGAUGCUGCAAAAAGAAAUGACACAAGGAAAAUGCAAGAACUGAUCAAGAAGGGUGUGGACAUCAAUGCCAGAAACAAAGUAGGCCGGAAAGCACUGCACUGGGCAGCAGGAGCUGGGAAUGAACAGGCUCUGCAGCUCCUCCUGGAGCAUGACACGGACCUUAACGAGGCCGACAGAUUUGGCAUGAAUGCUCUACUUCUGGCAUCCUGGUUUGGUCACCAUAAAAUCCUACAGAUCCUGGUAUCCUGUGGAGCCAAGCUCAACUCUGAAAACAAAGAUGGUCUGAAUUUGCUGCACUGUGCUGCUCAGCAAGGCCACAUCAAAGUAUUGGAGUUCAUCUUGGAGGACCUGGAAGACAUCAGUCUAGACAGAGUUGAAAAGUCAGGGAAGACAGCACUACACCUAGCUGCUGAACACGGGCAGCUUGAAGUGGUUGAAUUUCUGGUUGGAAUGGGUUGCACGCAUGAUUUGAAGGACAAGGAAGAAAACACAGCCAUGCACCUUGCAGCAAACAAAGGACAUACAGAGAUCCUCCAGAAGAUCGUGGAGACUGGUGCCAGUGUGGAUGAAAGGAAUAUAGAUGGUCUCACACCAUUGCACAUGGCAGCUGAAGGAGGUCACUAUGAAUGCAUUAAACUGCUGCUGGAUUCUGGCUGUAAUGCCAAUACACAAACUAAUAGAAAUAUGAAUGCUCUCCAUUAUGUGGCCCAACAUGGUCAUGAUAGAGAGGCCAGCUUGCUGCUGAAGGCAGGAAUCAAUGCAGAUGCUGUGAACAAUCAACACUUCACACCACUCCACCUGGCGGUAUUCAACAAUCACACAAAAGUUGUACGGUUGCUUAUAGACGCUGACUGCAACCUGAAUGCCACUGACAUUAGGCAGCAGACCGCGCUACACAUUGCAGCAGAGCAUGGCCGGCAGCACCUGGCUGAAAUGAUGCUGAUUUCAGGAGUUAGACUCAAUUUAACUGAUAAGGUACCACACAGCUUCACAGAGCAUCGACCCCUCUGCAACAUAAUUAUGCAGAUCAUUGUUAAGCAGGAGAAAACAUGUCUGGAAGUGGCAGCAAGAGGAAACCAUGUGAUCCUGGUAGACAUGAUAAUCAAAGCUGACCGUUUUUAUAAAUGGGAGAAGGAUCAUAUGAGCAGUACGCAGGUAAGGAGACCUCUGAGCUUCAAACAGGACCCCCAGCCAGAGACGCAGCACUUCCGCUCUGUCCUGUGGAGCCUUGCCACCAAGCACCUCUGUCGUGGAGAGUGGAAAAUUCUGGCUCAGCAUUGGGACUUUAGCAAAGCACAUAUACAAGCGAUAGAACAGCAGUGGACAGGCAAGAAAAGCUUCAAAGAUCACGGUCUCCGGAUGCUGUUAAUCUGGCUUCAUGGAGCGCUGAUAGCUGGAGAGAACCCUGUCAAAGGCCUCUAUGAGGGGCUGGUGGAAAUCUCCCGGACAGAUUUGGCAGAGUCCAUCCGGCAGGAGGCAAACUCACAGCCCAGCUCCUCCAAAAUGUGCUCAGUUAUGUGAUCGACAGUGUGUCUGACUGUGACGGCAACACGUUUAUCCUUAUUGUGCAGCUAUUGUUUUAAUGCAAAUAGAAAGAC